AUGCAGGAGAAUGGAGGGCUUCUGCUCACCAGGGUUCUCCUCCUGGCCCUUCACAUCGCAGGAAAGCUCCAAGUCACACCUCAUCUGGACAUCAUGGGAGUUGUUGGCCAGGAUGUGACAUUGCCCUGCCACAUCACCUCCACGGAGCCACUGGACAUCAUUGAAGUGCAGUGGGUGAAAAUCAUUGAUUGGAAAACAGAGAGUGUGCAUAAAUAUACAAAAUUGGCUGGAGACGAGCCAGGGGAGAAGUACCAGGGCCGCACAACCCUUCUGAGGGAUGGGUUUACCAUUGGGAACAUGUCUCUGUUGCUGAAGAGUGUCCAGCCAGCUGACAAUGGCAAGUACAGCUGCAUUGUGAUAUCCAACAGAGGCGCAAGAGAUAUCACCACCACGCUCAGCAUUGCAGGCUCUGGGGCUGUGUCCAUCGAUGUGCUAGGAGACCAAGGGCAAGGGGUAGAGCUGGUGUGCAGAUCGCAAGGAUGGUUCCCUAAACCCAUUGUCCAGUGGGUCACAAAGAACAUGCAACAUCUGUCUCCAGACACUGCAGUACACCAGGACAAAGAGCAAUUUUUCAGUGUGCUGAGUCGUGUCGUAGUCUCAGGAGAGGAAAUGGGAGAAAUUGGUUGCCAAAUCCAGAACAAUCUGAUGCAGAAAGGGGAAGAUUUUUCCAUCACACUCUCAGAAACUGAGAAACGCUUGCUGCUUGCAGAAGAGAAUGACCUGAAGGUUCGAUGCGGUAAGAGACCAUUUACAGUGGAAAAUGGAAAGGGUGCUGCCAUUGUGGAAAAGAGGCAGAACUGCACUGCCCCUGGAAAUGCAGAGAUGUCGCUGAUGCUGGAGCCAGGAGUUAAUGCACUAAGCAGAGCACUAGUCCCAGCAAAGCAGAGUCCAGGCGUGACCGUCUGCCCCAUCCCCACGGGGAACUUGGUGCCCAUCACCCUGGAUGAAGCACAGAAACACUCUGAGCUUGCUGUGUCCUCUGACCGGAGAAUAGUCCAGCACAAACCAUCUGCCCAGCAGCCCGUCAUGGGGCGCCAGCUCCCCAUCGUGGUGGGGAGGGAGGGCUUUGCCUCUGGGCGCUGUUACUGGGAGGUGCAUGUAGGAGAUGGGCUGGACUGGGAGCUGGGGGUGCUGACGGAGCCUGUGAGGGGGACACUGAAAGAGAGGAGCUGGAAGGACCUCCCUGAGGAUGGGGUCUGGUUGCUGAGAAGGGUGAAUGGGAAGUACUGGCCUGAGGAUGUCAAUGCCAAGAUACUGUCAUCGCAGAAAGUCCAACUGCGAGUGGUUGGGCUGGACUUGAACUUAGAGCUGAGCACCCUCUCCUUCUACAACAUUGUGACUGAUGAUUGUAUCCUGGACAUCUCCAUCAAAGGCAUCGAAGGGUCAACAAAGCUGUACCCGUUCCUCAGGCCAGGCCUUGGUGAGGCAGGUGAGAAGGGGAAACCCCUCACCAUCAACCACAACACAGACUGGGACUUCCCGAGCACAGUCUGA